AUGGACAAGAACAUGGAAUCCCCUAGGACGGAGAGCCCCGUCCCGGAAGUGGAAAGACGGGAGAGUGAAACAGAUUAUUCAAGUAUUAGAGGGAAAAUGAUCCUCGUGAGCCCGACGGCUGAUGAAUAUGAUCUGCUGAGGAAGGAACUAUUGGAGCGACUGGAGACGGGGAACGGAGAAAUUAUUUAUGACAUCGGACAUGGAGAAGACGGUCGUGGUCUUACGGAAGACGAGUACAGCGCGUCAGUAGCGACCCUGCAGUCGUUAGUGAGCAGUGAGAGGAUCUCGUGCGUGGAGCUGAGGCGAUGGGACUGUGGCAGUGGAGUGGCCGGACAGUACCUGCUGAGGACUGAACUGGACCACAACGACUUCAUGGAGAUCAGAGUGGCGGUAGUUGGUAACGUGGACGCGGGCAAGUCGACUCUACUGGGCGUGUUGACUCACGGCGAGCUGGACAACGGGCGAGGGUACGCGCGACAGAGACUGUUCAGACACAAACACGAGGCGGAGAGCGGACGGACCAGCUCUGUGGGGAACGAUAUACUAGGCUUCGACAGCAUGGGUAACGUGGUAAAUAAGCCCGAACAUGGGGCCCUCGACUGGGUGAAGAUCUGUGAGAAGUCGUCCAAGGUGAUCACGUUCAUUGACCUCGCGGGACACGAGAGAUACCUCAAGACGACCGUCUUCGGCAUGACCGGACACGCGCCCGACUUUGGGAUGCUGAUGAUCGGUGCCAACGCGGGCAUCGUGGGCAUGACGAAGGAGCACCUCGGUCUGGCGCUGGCUCUGUCUGUGCCGGUGUUCGUGGUCGUCACUAAAAUAGAUAUGUGCCCGCCAAACGUUCUACAGGAUAACCUUAAGCUACUGAUCAGGAUCCUCAAGUCGUCGGGGUGUCGGAAGGUGCCCGUCAUGGUGAAGACCAGGGAUGACGUCAUUGUCAGCGCCACCAACUUCGUUUCCCAAAGACUGUGCCCCAUAUUCCAAGUGUCGAAUGUGUCUGGUGAGAACCUGGAGCUGCUGACCAUGUUCCUCAACCUGCUGAAGACUCGCAUGCCGUCACAGGACGACAAGCCCGCUGAGUUCCAGAUAGACGACACAUACUCCGUGCCUGGUGUGGGCACAGUGGUGUCGGGCACCACGCUGGCGGGCGUGAUCCGCCUCAACGACACGCUGCUGCUGGGGCCCGACCCUCUGGGAAGGUUCGCGCCCAUCACCGUCAAGAGCAUACACCGGAAACGGAUGAGCGUGGCCGAGGUGCGCGGCGGACAGACGGCCAGCUUCGCGCUUAAGAAGAUCAAAAGAUCCCAGAUCCGUAAGGGUAUGGUGAUGGUGUCCCCGUCGCUGGAGCCCCAGGCGUGCUGGCAGUUCGAGGGGGAGAUACUGGUGCUGCACCAUCCUACCACCAUCUCCUCGCGAUACCAGGCUAUGGUCCACUGCGGCAGUAUCCGCCAGACGGCGUCCAUCCUGAGCAUGUCGCGCGACUGUCUCCGCACCGGGGACAAGGCGCUCGUGCGCUUCCGGUUCAUUAAACAUCCCGAGUACCUCCGGAGGGGACAGAGAAUGGUUUUCCGUGAAGGUCGCACCAAAGCGGUGGGGAACGUGCUGAGACCGGAGCCGGCGGCGCGGCCCCCCGCACGACCGGCGAGGACCGCUCCCUCCAACAGACAGAGGAACGCGCAUCAACCUCAAGAAAACGACGUGACAGCUGUGGAUUCUCCGUUUGAGUUGCAAGCGGACAAGGGAACAGUCGCGCGGCGCCGCAAGCGACACGACAAGCCACACCCACAACACCCUCCACAGUCACAGCAGUCACAGACGCAGCACCCUCAACACCCUACACCGGGGCAAUCUGCGCUAGCCGCCAACUAA